AGUUAAAUGUUUUGAAAUAAAUUUAAUAUUUCACUAUAGAUAUCUAAAUAUUAGAUAAAGAAUUUGUCGUGUUUCAAGUUGUUUUUAUACCUACCUACUUCUUAAUAGUAAUAAUAAAUACGCCAUUUUACUAAGAUUUGUAGUUUAGAUAGUCAAAAUAAUAUAUCAAGGUGCCAAUAAGUUGAUGGUGGCCUCAUUAAAUCCAGUUACUACUUCACACUUAUGUAUUUCAAUCAAAUAUUAAAAUUAAAUAUCAUUAUUAUUAUAUAAUGAAUGUAGAAGGUACUUGUUUAGUAUACAGGCCUUUAACCACAAUGCAUAGCAACAUCAUAACUAAGGAGUUUGGAAAAUUUAAAGUACAAGUGCUUCCAGCAUUAUCCGAUAAUUUUAUGUACUUAUUAAUUGAUAAUAGCACAAAAGAAGCAGCCAUUGUUGAUCCUGUAGCACCUGAUGUGGUUUGGGAUGCAGUUCAUAAAGAAAAUGUUAAAUUAACCACUGUACUUACAACACACCAUCAUUGGGAUCAUGCUGGUGGUAACAAAGAACUUAUUAAUAGCAAUACCAAUGAUCAAUUGACUGUUAUUGGAGGUGAUGACCGAAUUGAUGGUCUUACAGUUAUGAUUGAUACACAUGGAGUAGAUCUUCAAUUGGGAUCAUUGAAUAUUAAAUGUUUGCGCACACCUUGUCAUACCACUGGACACAUUUGCUAUUAUGUUAAUGAAGGGCAAGAUGGUGUUGUUUUUACAGGUGAUACAUUAUUCUUAGGAGGUUGUGGUAGAUUUUUCGAAGGUAAUGCUACACAAAUGUAUGAAGCAUUAAUCAAAAUAUUAUCACAGUUACCUGACAGCACUGCUGUGUUUUGUGGACAUGAAUAUGCUAUUCAAAAUUUGAAGUUUGGCUUACAUGUUGAACCAUCCAACCAACAUAUAUUGACUAAAUUGAAAGAUAUCGAAACCAGACGAAAAAUAAAAGAGCCAAGUGUCCCAUCAACUAUUGGUUUAGAAAAGCUCAUUAAUCCAUUCAUGAGAGUAGAAACUGAAUCGGUUCAAAAAGUUACACAAACAAUUGGUGAUCCAAUUAAAACAAUGAAAAUGUUGAGAGAUAUGAAAAACAAUUUAUAAAAAAUAAUACUUAUUUUAUUACAAUAAUACAUUUUUAUACAAAUUGUUUGUUAAUAAUACAUAGGAUAUAGGUACAAGCAUAAAAAUUUGAACACAGAAUUUAAAUAAUACAUAAUUAAAGAAAUUUUUAUUGAGAAGAUGAGAAA